AGGAUUUGGGAUGAUUUAGAUCGGUGUAGGGUGAAAUUCGGGGCAAGUUAGCCAGGUGGGUGAAAGGUACAACGUUGAGUAGCGAAGUCUGGUGAAUUAUGUUGUCGGAUGGACCCCGUUUGUGGCGUUUAGAUUGCUCAGAACCUGGAUGGACCUGAAUGAACCCGAGUGGUCAAACGUGGCAAAACAGCUAACGUCGGCAGUGGCGGACCAGCCUUACCUCAAAUUUGCCGGUCGCUCUCAGCGCGAAGGAGACGGACGCUCGGGAUCGGAAGACAGCCUGAGACUAGAGGCAUCUUCGGCCAACAGUCUGGACACGGACAGGCACAGGCUUGUACAGGAGAGACCAGUGGACACCUACUUUGGACAGAGCUCGGAAGAGCUUGUACCUUUUAUAACGGAUCUGGAUCAAACAGGCAAACUGUUCCUGCCCAGAGGAAUAAAGAGGGAAUUUGUGACACCUCCGUCGAUUGAAAUGUACCAAGGUUUGCCUGUGGCAGCUGCCCAGGGUCCCAGUGCGUACCCUCACGAUGUUCCUAACAAUUUCAUGCACUCCACUACGAGUUCUCCGGUCUACGUUCCUACUACCAGGGUUAGCACCAUGAUCCAAAGCAUCCCCUAUCUCCAGGGCAGCGGCUCAAGUCAACAGAGUCACCCCGUGACUAACCACUCGGUCUGGACUCAGCCUGCCACAGACAGCUCAACCUAUAGCUCCAGCAGUCCUCACCAUAUGGUUUCCAGCCGAUUCUCCUUCUCCCCGAGCCCUCCCAUUUCCAACGGAGCUGCUCGGGAUUCCGGCUACAGUAACAGUCUGAAUAUGAACGGCAGAGAUCAGUACCCUAGCCCUUUGGCCAGGCCUCUUAAUGGAUCUUACCCCAGCCCUUACACUUCUUACGUUGGGCCACAGUUGACUUCAGCUUGGACAGCAGCGGGAUCUUUUGAAAACUCAAUGCUGCACAGCUUGCAAGGCAGACCGACAGCUCUACCCGUCCGAGGACCCAACGGAGAGCUGUUGGAAGAGCUUUCCGAGGCCCGGGAGUGUGUGAAUUGUGGCUCCAUGUCCACUCCCCUGUGGCGACGCGAUGGCACUGGGCACUACUUAUGCAACGCCUGCGGUUUGUACCAUAAGAUGAACGGACUCAGCCGACCUCUUAUCAAACCUCAGAAGAGAAUGCAAGAUAUAUCAAGUCUGGAUCUAAGGGGCAACGCGGCGAGAACUGAUAAAUCUUCAUCCAGACGUAUUGGUCUGGCUUGUGCCAACUGUCAUACAACCACCACCACUUUAUGGCGCCGGAAUGCAGAAGGAGAGCCAGUUUGCAAUGCCUGUGGACUUUACAUGAAACUCCAUGGGGUACCACGGCCUCUGGCAAUGAAGAAAGAAGGAAUCCAGACUAGGAAAAGAAAACCAAAGAAUUUAAACAAGUCCAAGAGUACUUCAAGCACAAGCAAUACAGUCACAAUGACUCCAACUUCAUCAUCGUCUUCUGCAUCUAAUCAAGAGGAGAUACCCAGAGUGAAAAGUGGCUCACCCCCUGGUCAGACUACAGUUGCAGCUUCAGGGGACUAUCAACCUUUCCAGCAGCCAAUGUGGACUGAUGAUGAACAGCUCCAUGGAGUCAGAUAACAGCACAUCUCUGAACAUAAUUUCUCCCCUAUCUCCAAGGAAAGGCACAUCCUCCAGCAGUCAGUAAAGCUGCCUGUUUAUUUUGGAUUUGUUUAGUUUUAUUUAACAAAAAGCUGUAAUGAGUACUUUCAGAAUGCAUAUGAUCCAGUUGCUGAAACACAUCCAAAGAAGCAGCUGAGGCAUGUUCAACACUAUAGUCAAGAGUAGUCUGACAUUACUUAAUCUUCACCGACAUGAGAAAUGGAAAUGAGCCUCCCACAUUACUGGUUGAGUUUGUUCCUACAAAUAUUCUGAAGGAAUCAAAUUAUGUUUGAAAUGACACACUGACAACGGCCAUUAGUUAAGAAAAUACAAAUUCUGAAAGUUCCCAUUGCAGUCAUUGGCUUUGUACUGGUCAAUGUUUUAGAGACAGGGUAACAAGCGGAUGUAUUCUUCCACAUUUAACAACUUCAUUGUACAAAACAAAAUGCAAAUAGCAUUGCAGCAAUCAGUAUUAAAUCAAAAUGGUUCAAAAUUAAACAACCUUCUUCUAGCAAUGAAUGUAAACCUUCUAAGUUAAUGGUACUUGCGUAAUUUAAAGAUGAUAGCUAAGUCCGUAUCUGUAACAAGAUACUUUAUUCAUUUUCUAUGUUUUAAGAAUCAUCCGUAUAGCCUUUUGGUAGUUUGGGAAAAGAAACAUUAUGUUAAGAACAAAUUUCCUCUCAGGUAAAUUCGUUACUGCAUUACAUUUUGUAAGUUUUGUAAAAAAAAACACAAAAAUAUUGCCUGGCUAUAGGCUAAAUAUAUGCAAGACGAAAUGAAAUGCAAACUUUACUACCUAUGUGAUGAAAUGUAAAUAUUUUUCUGAAACAAUUGUCUGAGGAUUGUUUGGCUCUGAUAAUGCAAAGUGUAUAAAAAGUGACAAACUGGUGUUUAGACCAGUACAUGCAUUUUUAAAGGUGUAUGUCAUUGCUUGUAUUGUUAUUUGUUUCUUGAAAACAGAUUAAAA